AUGAGAAGGUGGGCCGGGUGGGGCGAACCAUCUGCCGAGAGGGGCGGCGGGCCGGCAGCUGCAGUGCAGGGGCGGACGCGGCCACCUCCCCCGCGGGGGGAGGCAGGACGGCCCGAGAUAAAUGGCUCAUUUAAACUGGGAGCUACUGAAAUACCCUCUGGCUGGCAAAUGCAGUGCCUAGCAGCAGUCGUCAAGGACGAACCAAACAUGAGUGGUGGAGGGGAACAGGUCGACAUUCUCCCAACCAACUACGUGGUCAAAGAUCGCUGGAAAGUGCUGAAGAAGAUAGGUGGAGGUGGCUUUGGGGAGAUCUAUGAGGCGAUGGAUUUGCUGACCCGUGAGAAUGUGGCCUUGAAGGUGGAAUCAGCUCAGCAGCCCAAGCAAGUUCUCAAGAUGGAAGUGGCUGUCCUGAAAAAGCUGCAAGGGAAGGAUCAUGUUUGCAGAUUUAUUGGCUGUGGAAGAAAUGAAAAGUUUAAUUAUGUGGUCAUGCAGCUUCAGGGUCGAAAUCUUGCAGAUCUCAGAAGGAGUCAGCCUCGAGGGACUUUCACACUGAGCACAACACUGCGAUUGGGCAAACAGAUUCUGGAAUCAAUAGAAGCCAUUCACUCUGUGGGAUUCCUGCAUCGUGACAUCAAGCCUUCCAACUUUGCCAUGGGCCGCUUACCUUCAACAUACAGGAAGUGCUACAUGUUAGACUUUGGUCUGGCCCGUCAGUACACCAACACUACUGGGGAAGUCCGACCACCUCGCAACGUUGCUGGAUUCCGAGGAACCGUCCGCUAUGCCUCUGUGAAUGCACACAAAAACAGGGAGAUGGGUAGACAUGAUGAUCUGUGGUCCCUCUUUUACAUGUUGGUGGAGUUUGCCGUUGGUCAGCUUCCGUGGAGAAAGAUCAAAGAUAAGGAGCAGGUUGGCAUGAUAAAAGAAAAGUAUGAACACCGAAUGCUGCUAAAACACAUGCCUUCAGAGUUCCACCUUUUCCUGGAUCACAUUGCAAGCCUAGACUACUUCACCAAGCCAGACUAUCAGCUAAUCAUGUCAGUUUUUGAGAACAGCAUGAAAGAAAGGGGCAUCACUGAAAAUGAAGCCUUUGACUGGGAGAAGGCUGGUACAGAUAUCUUGCUGUCCACUAGCACCUCAACUCCACCACAGCAGAACACCAGGCAAACAGCAGCCAUGUUUGGGGUGGUUAAUGUCACUCCGGUACCCGGGGACCUGCUCCGUGAGAACACUGAGGAUGUCCUACAGGGUGAACAUUUGAGUGAUCAAGAGAAUGCUCCACCCAUCCUCUCAGGUCGGCCAGUGGAAGGUCUUGGUCAGGCUCCAAACACAGCUUUCAAUGAGGGUGAAGUUUGGGAAGAGACAGAUGUGAAUCGCAACAAACUCAGGAUCAGCAUCAGCAAAACUCAGUGCAUAGUGGAAGAAGAGCAGAGAAAUGGGGUGUGCCCCAGUUCCCCUGUCCGAGUGCCUCCAGAGUCCCCAACUGCACAAGUGCGCUCCCUCCACUACCGCCGCAUCAACAGCCCCGAGUCAGAGCGGCUCUCCACGGCUGAUGGAAAAGUAGAUCCUCAUGAAAGAAGGUCUCGAAUGGAUAUCCCUGGCUCUCCAUCACGGCUCGUGUGCUCCUCGCAGCCAGCCCAGAUGCUGUCUAUCGAUACUGGCCAGGCUGACCGGCAGGCAAGCGGCAGAAUGGAUGUGUCCGCCUCCGUGGAGCAUGAAGCCCUCAGCAACGCUUUCCGCUCGGUGCCACUCGCAGAAGAGGAGGACUUUGACAGCAAGGAGUGGGUUAUCAUUGAUAAGGAGACAGAGCUGAAGGACUUCCACCCUGGUGCUGAGCCAAGCACCUCUGGAACCACGGAUGAGGAGCCUGAGGAACUAAGGCCUAUUGAAGAUGGAGAAGAGAGAAGGCGCCUGGGGGCAGAUGCUGCAGUGAGGCCGAAGACUCAUGAUGGGCGAAGCCGGGGUAUGCUGCCUGUGACUGAGGAGGACAGUUCCCAUAGACAUGAAGGACCUUCUCAAACAGUGUCUGACAGUAGACAUGAACAGCCGACAGGAAGUCCAGCCCACUCCCCCUUACAUUCAGCACCAGCUCUCCGACAAAGGAGACGAGAAUCUGAACCUACUGGUCCUCAGAGACAGGCAUACAUGCUGAAGUCAUUUGAAAUGAAUGGCCUGCCCAAGGCGGUCCCUUUAAGUUUGCCUUAUCAAGACUUUAGAAAAGAUAUGUGCAACUACUGGGAAAAGCCUAAGUUAUCCCAGCGGAUAAAGAAAGUUGAUUUCUCAAAUAUUGUCUUUACUGCUCCUUGCAAACCUCUGGAACCUUAUCUGGAAAUGAAUGGAAAAGAGGAGGAGGAGGAGGAAGAAGAGGAGGAAGACUACGAGGAGGAGGAAGAUGAGCAAGAUGAGGAGGAGGAGGAAGAGGAGGGCAAUGAGAUUGACAUGCACAGUGAUUCCAGCAGCGACCUGAGUCAGAAGAGCACGGAGCGCAGCCAGGAGUGUGCACCAUCCACGCUUCUGGCUGAUGACCAGAAGGGGUCCAAGGGUCGAGUAUCCACUGCAGAUGGGGACCUGGAGCUGGAGGAAGGCUCAAAAACAUUAGUGCUGUUUUCACCAGGUGAUCUGAAAAAGUCUCCAGUGGCUGCAGACUUACCUCCAGAAGUUGAUCUGGGCACUCUUGCUGCACUGACACCUCAGAGUGAGCGGCCACAGCCCAUGGGGAGCCAGCUGGAUGUGUCUGAGCCAGGGACCCUGUCCUCAGUCCUUAAAUCUGAACCAAAGCCUCCAGUGGCAGUGGCUACAGCUUCCUCCCCAUUUACCAAAGUGGAGCGCACAUUUGUUCACAUUGCUGAGAAGACCCACCUCAAUGUGAUGUCUUCCAGUGGGCAGCUGGUGCGGCACGAGGAGUACUGUCCCCUGGGGCAGUUCGAGGAGGUCAUCGUCGAGGAGGAGCUGGACCACCACAAUCUGGUGCUGGUGGAGAAUGGAAGCAUUCAUUCUGGGCUGGAAGGGGCAGAGACAGAGAGCUGUGCGCUUUCGGCCAACCCUGUCGAGGCCACCUCAGAGACUGUGGGGGAGCAGCUGGCCCUUCCCAAUGGCAUGCCGAAGCUUCCCGAGGAUGAGCCAGAGCUCUCCAGCAAAGCAGUGCUCUUACUGGAUUUGGAAGAGCCUGACAAGGUGGCUACAAGGGAGCCUGGCCUCGAGAAGGCAGCAUCAGAGACAGAACACCUGAAGCGAGCAGAGACCCUCCUCGAGAUGCCGCAGCAGGAUCCCAGGAGGCCACUGGGCUCCAAAUAUAGAAGUCGGAUACCCAUUUUGUUCUCUGAGGAGGACACUGGCUCAGACCUUUCAACUUCAAUCUCAGCCAAAGAAAGGCUUUAUAAGAGGGCAAAGCAACCCGACCUAGCUCGCCUGGUGAUGGAAAAGAGACAGAGCCGCCUCCUCCAGCUGGCCUCAGGUGCCUCCUCCUCAGCCUCAUCCAGUGAUGAGCGGCGGCGAGCCUCUGAAACCCUGUCAGCCACCGGUUCUGAGGAGGACACCCACGACUCUGAUGACUCCAUCCCACAGAAGGGAGAGAAGAAGGCUGUGCUGCUGGGGAGAGAAGAGAGAGCCAUAAGCACAAGGAGCAGAAUUCCUCGUCCCAUCGUGCCAGUGAAAACACCACUGGAGGUCUCAAGGUCGGAGAGCUCCAUGGCUGCUGCGGUGGCAGGGCUGUGCAGCUCCCCACAGGAUGCAGCUGCUGCCUGCAGGUAAGACAAAAAUGGUGAGAAAUGCAAAGAGCUGGGCUUGAGGAGUUGAGGAGACACAGCCAGGGCUUUGCUCGCCUACUAUGACUUUAUCCUUUGCUCAGCUUGAAUGCAUAGUCCAGCCUUGUUUCCUACAGUCAUUUCAGCCU